UGAACUUAGUUACCUGUUUCUGACGUGUUAAAUAUCCGACAUAUGAAUUUCCUAGUUCCUGCCUGCUGUUUUUGUUUUUUCGAAACUUACGACUUCGUCGAGCAUUUGUGGGUACCAUUUGGUGUAUUUUCGUAGUUACACGUGCCUGUAGUCCCAGUAGCAUGUCAGGAUUGACAAAUGUUGGCAAGGCGUAGACACACCAAUGACACCGGUUGGAACCAGCAACAGUAUCCUGCACAUAGUAACUGGACAGUAACGACACAUAGCGUUGAGCAGGAAAACGGUCGUCUCACAGCCCCGUUUGAGCAGCAAGAGAUGACCUGCCGAGAUAGAACACAGGAGUUCAACUCGGCCAUCAAGUCACUGCAGUCAAGACAAGUCCAUGGCAAUGGAGUGGCAGCCAACAGACGAACCAAUGCAAAGACAAAUCAACACACCGAGUUCAUGUUAAUUGCCAAACAAAUUGGAAAAGACAUCACAAACACCUUCACAAAACUAGAAAAACUGACAAUAUUGGCGAAGAGGAAAUCUCUAUUUGACGAUAAAUCUGUUGAGAUCCAGGAGUUGACCUAUAUAAUCAAACAGGACAUCAACAGCUUGAACAAACAAAUUGGACAACUGCAACAGGUUGUACGCCAGCGAAAUUCCCAGAAUGGCCGCCAUAUGCAAACACAUUCCAAUACGGUGGUUUUGGCACUGCAGUCAAAGCUGGCCAACAUGUCCAAUGACUUCAAGACAGUACUGGAAGUCAGAACACAGAACCUGAAGGAUCAGAAGGACCGGAGGGAACAGUUUUCCCAGGGUCCUAUCGCCUCAAGUCUUCCACCAUCUGCCAUCAGUGCCUCAGGAGGUUCAGUUCUCCUCCAGGAGGAGCACAAGGGCGACUUCUCCAUCGACAUGAGUGGGGGGAUGGAUGGCCCCCGCCACCGUGGUGGUGGCCCCAUGCAGCAGAUGGCCCUGGUUGAGGAGCAGGAUAACUACAUCAAGAGCCGGGAGGAGACCAUGCACAGCAUCGAGAGCACCAUCGUGGAGCUGAGUGGCAUCUUCCAGCAGCUUGCCCACAUGGUCAAGGAACAAGAAGAACAGGUGCAACGAAUUGACAACAACGUUGAAGACACGGUGAUGAACGUGGAGGCAGCCCACAGCGAGAUCCUCAAGUAUUUCCAGUCGGUAACCUCCAACAGGUGGCUCAUGGUCAAAGUCUUUAUCGUUCUCAUCGUCUUCUUUGUCAUAUUUGUCGUAUUCGUGGCCUGAAGCCCCGUCUCACAAAUGAAGCCCAGACACUCAACCCAGUCACCCAAACAGUUAAUUCAUUCGGGAUGGUUUUUACCUCAAACUGUUUACAAUGUCUCUCUGCCUCGUGUCAUUUAUAGGAGAUAAAAAGUCAAUUUGAAAUUGUCAAAUUUUAUGGAUUGAGAAUUGAAAUUUGCCUGGUCUUUGUUUUUAUUUACUUCUGUUGUAUUUGCUUCUGAUGUGUUUUCCGGUGGUAUCUUUACUGUUUAUGUCAAAAUUGCAGCAGACAAAAACUUGCAAGGGUUGGAAAUUUCAUGAUGUGUUACUUUUCCAGUUUACCCUUCACUUAUCUUGCUGAGGUGGAUAGACUUAACAAAGUGUGACUUUUGUGAAGUCUUUUAUUUGCAUAUAUAUAUAUACUGACUUGAAGUAAUUCACUGCUCCUAUGCCAAGCUUUUAAAGUCAGCACUGGUGGUAUCACCUUAAUCUCGUCAACUGAGCUGCAUUUCAAGGUUGUGGCUGGGGCAAGAAACGGCAUAUGCACUGUGGGAGUCACUAGCUUGGGACUGUGGCGCUUUUCCGUGGAUGCUUGCGCUGUCCGCCGUCACUGGCAAGUACUGGCUGAAUAUGUCAGGCUGACACCCCCUCAGUAAUAAGACUUCAAGAUGCUGAUGACGAUGGCGUGCCAGUUGUGUGAAAUGCCUGCGCUCCACUGCACGCACCUGCCAUUCAAAGACGAUUCAGAGUUUUUGCUCAUUCGAUCGAAAAUUGGCUGUACAAGGCCAGACACUGCAUGCCAUUCACCUGAGCAAACAAAUUUAUGCACAUCGGUAAUGUGUCCUUCCUUUGGCUCUUGAGAAGCUAGUCAGUGCCGUUGUCAUCCAUCAGUUUGGUACCUAACGUCUGUACAGUGACAACACAAGCAGCCAUGCAUUCAGCACGAGUGCUGUACUAUGGCUGCCGACCUUUUUUCUAACCCUCCUACAUGUACAUGUAGGUCCCUCAAAACCCACCAGAAGGUUAACCAGAAUUCUUUUUGCAUGUUUGGAGUUACCCACAGCCAAGCUCUGGUUUGGAUGAAAUGAUUUGGAUGAAAUAAAGUGUGUAGAGAAUGUGCCAGUGGGUUUCCUUGGAACAAGUUUCAUUUGAACUUUUGGUUAUUUUGGCACUGUAGGAUUUGGGAAGGUUCCUACUGCAAUAGAGGCUGGGGAUUUAGGACUCAUUUGCAAUCAUGAAGCUAGGUUGCAAUUUGAUUUUCUUUGACAGAUUUCAAAAUCGAUACAUUGUAAAGUGCACAAACAUGUACAGUGUACUCACACUGUCAUGCCGAGUCCCAGGAGAAGAGUUCCAGUUUGAUUGCUUCAACAGUAUGUUUCGGUUGAAUGUGAAUCCCAGCAGUUCCAAAUGUCAACUCACUCCUCUACCUUAUCGAAAUGUUAUCUCAUUUUUCUCCUUUUGGUUUUUCUAAUACCCCACACAAUUUGCCGCUCGGUCAGGUCAGAUUGGCACCCACUCUCAGUUGUUACAUUUGGCCAGCAAAAACACAUCACGCAAUUUGAGCUGUACCCCAUUGUCUCCAGCCGGUAUCAAAUUUCGGUCAUUUCUAAGGGCUCACUAAGACUUUGCUUCAGAUAAUGCCGAGACAGUGGGAGUCGGGCGCUUGUAAUUACGGAUAUUUGAAAGGUACGCCCACCUGUUCUCUGCACCUGUUGUUCAAAGACGGAGAGGUCCUGCUGUCACUGGUAAUUCAUGUAAUGAGAUACAAAUUGUGGUGCUCUGAGAGACUUCUUAAUUGUCUCCAGGUAAAGUCCAAGUUUAUUAAUGCAGCUGUGAAGGCAUGACAGUCUAAACUUCAAGGGACGCCUCGUGUUAGGUUGCGCGCAAUAGCCUGUUGGACAAAAAAUAUAUUUUUUAAAGAGUGAAUUGGGUCAUCCAUUCAGGGAAACACCCACUUGCUACUUAGCCUUUUCCCUACCAGCAGUUUUCUUUUCUUUGUCCUUCUUUAAGAAGGGCAGGGUUCACAAGAGAGGUAAACUUCAUCAGAGUUGAGCAAAUUUGAACUGUGCCAAAAAUUGGGAUUUUGAAGAUCACGUCUGUCACUUUGUUUGCCACAGCCACCCAACCCCAUGUACAACAUGAAAGGGUAGUUUGUUUCUUUGUUAGUGAGGGAUCAGUGGCUUAUCAAUACGGGGAGGGGGGUGGGCAAGGUGCCAGGAGUUGAAAGUGUCAGCAUUCAUGAAACAGUACUAUCAUCUCUCUCGGGGGGGUCUUUUGCAGAUGAAAAAAUUGACAGUUGUUUUGGGGAAAAAAAAUUCAGUUCCCCCCAAAAAAGACGGGGGGGGGGAGUGAACAAACUCUUUCCCCAACCACACUUCUAUGGGAUUUUUGUGUUGGUGAUUGUGAACUCGCAUAACAGAAUAAGUGGCUGAAAUAAGUACCAGUGUGUCCCCCCAGGAAAUUCUCCCCAUUUGAAAUACAUAAACAACCUAUGCUGCAGCUCAUUGUCUUUUGGUGCCCCCUUGAAAAAAAUGUGCACACCCCCGGGUGCCCCCCCCCGAUAUAAUACCCCUAGUUACGCCACUGCCCUUGAGUUGAGCUGAGUUGGAGAUGCGAGAUGGAUUUUUUGUUGUAUGUUGCUAGUGUAACUGUAGUGAAUAUAUUCCUAAAUUCAUGUUGCUGCCGAUGUUCAGAAUACAUCGACUAGGAUGUCUCCUGUUUUUUAAGCAGCUAUAUUGUUGGCCUUACAAACUCGAUUAUUGCACCCCGCUCCCUCUGUACAUGUAUCUAUUGUUGUUUUGGUCAUUUUUAUUGCAUUUCACUGAAUGGCCACUGUGGCCUGAAUUUAUAUGUAUACACGUAUGUGCUAUCGAGGCUUGGAAUUGUAGCCAUCUUGCAGGGCAGUUAUUCCCCCCCCCCACAGGGAAACCUCCUUUGUGCAUACCCUGUGGAACAAAAGCACUGGCCCGCAAGAUUGCGGCCGUGUAAACCCUCUAUAGAGUCAGGCAGAGAUUGGUCUGGCGUUUUACAUGUAGGCAUGUUUACCCACCUGCUGCUUAUUCCCAUGCCGUUCUUGUGGGAAGGCCCUGUCAUAGUCUAGGAAAGAUUCCAGCCAAAGUCAAUAUUAAGUUCAGUCUAUGUUGAUGGUGAUAUUACCGUAUUGUCUUCGUAGCCACAAGCCUAUGUCACUUGCACAAAAAUGUUGAUGUGCUACCAUGCAGAUGGUGUCGAUUCGUGGUGUCGAUGACAAAAUAUGUGCCAAUUUCUUAUUACUGAUUCUGCAAAUGGGUAUCGUCUUGUGGCUUUUAAGUUUAAUACUGACCUCCCCCCUCCCAAGGUUAUUUGCCGGGCACUGGGCUGAUUUUCGCUUGCCACCUUAAACGAUAAUUCAGUUCUAAAUGUCAGGCUUUCAACAUACCAACCACACACUUAUUCCUUCAUUUUCAGGCCUUUAUUUUAUCCCUGUUUUCGGUUAUGGUUAGUCAUACAAAUGCCUCUAAUUUGAAUGCGUCGACCCAUGUUUUCAUCCCAUCAAUUUUCAGAGGUGGUUUUGUUGCAGCUAAAUGCAGCGCUCUCUUGCUUUCACUUUAUUCAGGUUUUUAUAUAGCAACCUUGCAUAAUGGAACGAGUCACAUUACACGGGGCCUUUCUCUCCUCGUAUGUAACGUUUUAUUUUCACACGUGUUAUUAAUCUUGUUGUUUUGUAUCGAAGUCCUCGAAAUGUCAGGCCUCCAAUAUUGAAGUCAUUCUCGGUGUGAUUUUGAAAUUCAUCUGCCGUUCAUAUACAUGUAUUCCUUGUUGGACGUUAGUGCACAAUUGCAGUUGUUCCUUGUCUUUUAGAUAUUGGAGGGCCUCGUAAACCGGGAUUUUUCCAAUCGAUUCGGUCAUUGUUCAGAUUGCAGAGGGUUCGGGGGUGUUCAAGAAGAGAAUAUUAAACAUGAUUUUUUUUUUUAAGGCAGACAGCUUGUAUGACCUUUGAGUGACCCUUUCGUGGGUUCGAAAAUUCGCUGCUCUCCCUGUUUUUAAUUUAAUGAAAGAGUAACAUGUCCAAGGAGUUGCAGUGGAUUUCACUCGCCCAUCAUUGAAGUACCAUUUCUCUUCAAUAAACUGUUUGAUUGUCUUCAAACACAGAAGUGUAUCGUGGUCUGGAAAGCAAGGCCACUGAUAUUUCGAGACACCCACCAUGUACCGACAGACUGACGAAUAACUUUAUUGAGAGAGUGCUCUGCAGUGAGAUAAGAUACCGGUUCGGGUCCAACCGCUGUCCGUUUUUAUGUAUCGCAUUCGAAACAUUUUCGAUACCGAACCUGGUCACUACCGCUGGCUUCUUUCAUAAUUUAUAAUUCACCUUGAGAAAAAAUACUCCCUAAAGGUUUCUUUUCAUCGUGUAGACAUACUGAUCGCAUUGGUAGGGACAAUUAGGAGGUGGGUUUCUUGCUUGCAUUCCACUCUUAAAAAAUACAAAACCUCUACAUGGGGUGGAACUGUCUUACGUUCUGCCGCAUCUCGAGGGACUUUGAUCAAAUGGAUUGGCCAAUUAGUUCACCCUUGAUAUGAUUCCCUCUACGAAGUUACAGGCAAAUACCUCGAGCAAGCUUCCAUGGCUGUUUUCCCGCGCUUUGGCACUAUUUAUAACAAUCCAGCCGACAGGGCAACAGGCUUGUGCACCCUUGAAGUUGCGCCGGUCUUCCUGUUGGCCGUUUUUUACAGCUUGAGACCAUCUGUUCCUUGAUGUGGUCCGUGUAACCUAGAGAAAAGGGCUUCACGAGAUAUCUCUUCGCCAGCAAAGAAUUUGGCCAAAGCAGAAUGUAGUUGUCCAAGUCCAAAGUACUGAUAUGCGGGGUACACAGCCUGGGUUGGCUAGUGAGACAAAUUACUUAGAUUUUUUCCCGUAAAGGCCUAUGGUAUAUGAUGUAGCCAGCAAACUUUAAGUACUUUUUCAGCCCUCGUUUUUUGAGGUUAGUCCCAUGUACGUGGACAGUACACUCUAUUAAUUCAGAUUUGUCCCUGUAAGCCAGCUUUUCCCGCAUUCUACUCCUGUCAAAAUCCUUGUAAAUCUUGUACAUUUUAUCGUUUAUUUUAAUAAUUUAAGUCGAUUUAUUUUAAUGAUUGUCAUUACUGCACUAAGCGUCACUAUUCUAAGCUCAUAUUUCAAAGCAGAACAAAUGUAUUGUAACGUAAAUAAAGAUGAUCAUGAAUAAAAAUAUUAACAUUAGAUAAUUUGCA